AUGUCGUAUGCACACGUGUUCGCUCGAAAGAGUGCGUCUGACAUCCCCCCCUGAGCCCCACGGUGCUUACGGGAUCUUAGGUCUUAGUCAGUGAUGGUCGUUUACGCGUAUACCUUAUUUGUCUAUGUCUCGAUGUAAACAAUUCGUAUACAAUGAAUACAAUGUAUAGAAUGAUGAAGACAAUGUAUAGAAUAGCAUAAGUGAGGUUAGGUUUAUUCGCAAACGUCAGAAAGUUGGUCAACAGUCAACAACUUAAAAAAAAAUAUGGUUGGACGCUCCAAGAACAAAGAAAUCGAUGAACAAGGGUUCAUUUGUUGUUCUUAAUUUAUUUGAAACUGUGUCUUUGUAUACGUAUAUAAAUAAAUAUUAUAUAUUUUUUCAUUAUUUAUAAACUACUUCCACAGUCAAACCAAUAAUGCAAUGUUGCAGAAUUGGUAUCUAUCCUGAACUUUCAGUUCCACCAAAAAUCGGAGAACCAUUAGGAUCGAUCUGGAAAUGAUCCCAAACAGAUUCGACAGAAAUGUGUAUUUGAGCGUAGAAAACAAGGUGUUGCAGCAAGUUGUGGCCUUCCACUAUCGGAGGGCCAGCUUGUUCUGUUCAGCUAGUGCCAGAAGACCUGAAAUUUUUCUCUUUUUUUGCCUGGGGCAUCUUUGUUGGAUUGUGGAAGAAAAAUUCAUAGAUAAUUUCCUGGGUCAUUCCUGUUGAUCUUAUUGUCUUCAGCCGCACUUUUCCCCAGACGGAACCACGUGAAAAACCCUACCCGACAUCAUCUAGGGUUUUUAUUUUGGGGGAAUCUUCGCUACUGGAGAUCCAUUGACACGUUUUCUACCGGGGACCUCUUUUCGAACAGAGAACCUUUUUCCACCAUAGGGAUUCGUACGUCAUCGGCUUUGAAGCCUUCCCCGCCCAUUUUAAAUUAGUUAGUCAAUAAGCUUUCGCACUAAGGGAGAUCUCCUAGUUUGGCUGGCUUAAAUUUUUGUUGUUAGCCGUUAGUGGAUGUA